ACAUGUUCUGAGUUUAUACUCCUUCUCAAUUUGUCCGAACUUUGGUUUGCAUCUUUGUCCGCAAGCAUCUUGUCAUAACCUCAACAAGAGUCAUGUUUACGUCACUUGAAAAGUAACGACGAUCUGAAUAAAAGAAUAUGUCGGCUAGUUUGCCUCUGUAUUUUGCAUGCUUAUUAAUGUCGCAGUAGGCAUUUACUAGUUAGCAUCCCUCGUUCGUUGACUCAGAGCAAAAGCUGAAAUGUCGGACUUUCUUGAUUCAGAAGCCGAGGAGAGUGAAGAUGAGGAGUUUGAAAAGAAAACAUCUAAAAGGAAAGCCAUCGACAGCGAUGAUGAUGAAGAGGAUGAUGAUGGGGAUGGCGAAGAUAUUAAGGAUCUGAUUGACGACAAUCCCAUUGAGGAAAGUGGGGAUGAAAGUGACGCAUCCGGAGGGUCUAAGAAAAGAAAGAAAAGUGAUGAUGAAGAAGAUGAACUUGAUGAUAGGUUGGAAGAUGAAGAUUAUGAUUUGCUUGAAGAAAACUUGGGUGUUAAAGUGGCAAGAACAAAGCGCUUUAAACGCUUAAAAAGAAUACAAGCAGAAGAAUCUGAUGAUGAGCAGGAAGAAGAUCGAGGUGAUGAAAGAGAUGCUGUUGCCAAUGAGCUUUUUGAAGGAUCUGAUCAUGAGCAGGAAGACAGGGAGGAAGACCGUUCAUCAGAGCGCCGUGAUGAUACUGUAGGGGAUUUUGAUGAAGAGGGUGACGAAGAAGGAGAUGAUUAUUCUGAUGCAGAUGAUUUUAUUGUUGAUGAUGAAGGACGUCCUAUCAGGGAUAAACAACGUAAACGAAAACCAAUUUUCACUGAUCAUGCUUUACAACAAGCUCAAGAUAUUUUUGGCGUUGAUUUUGAUUAUGAUGAGUUUGAUAAGUAUGACCAGGAGGAGGAAGAAUAUGAAGAAGAUGAAGACUAUCAGGAUGAGGAAGAAGGGGGAAGGAGGAGAAAAGCCAAGAAGAAAGCAUCAAAAAAGGCUUCCAAGAAAUCCAUUUUUGAGAUUUAUGAGCCCAGUGAACUCAAAAGGGGUCACUUUACUGAUUUGGAUAACCAGAUCCGUAACACUGAUAUCCCCGAAAGAAUGCAACUGCGGGAUACUCCUAUCACACCUGAAACUGAUGAGAAACUAGAAGAGGAAGCAGAAUGGAUUUACAAGCAUGCUUUCUGCAAACCUACAGUGUCAACUCAGCAGGGAGCUGGUACAGAUAAAGAAAACACAAGAAAAGAACCUACUUCCACUGUGUAUAAAAUAAAGAAAGCCUUAGAUUUUAUGCGCAACCAAAGUUUAGAAGUUCCUUUUAUUGCAUUUUACCGUAAGGAGUAUGUGUCACCAGAACUGACUUUGAGUGAUUUAUGGAAGGUUUACAAAUACGAUGAAAAGUGGUGUCAGUUACUAGCUCGCAAACAAACACUAAUAAAAUUAUUUGAGAAGAUGCGAGAUUAUCAAGGUGAGCAACUUAUGAAAGAUAAUAAUGCUGAUAUUCCAGAAGAUGUACGAGUGCUUACCGAUGAGGAUAUUUUUCGAGUCAUGGGUGUUCAGACUCCAGAAGAGCUGAGAGAUGUGCAUAUGCACUUUCUCCUCUAUUAUGCACAUGAAGUCCCAGCCAUGCAGGAGGCUUUCAAGGCGAAGGAGAAGCUAGAGCGGCAGCAAAGGGCCCGACGCAAUCGGCGUGAGCGGCGCAAGAAAAAGACCAUCAUCAAUGAGGAUGGGGAGGAGGAGGAAGUCACUGAUGAAGAUGCCGAGGAUGAUGAUGUUGACCCUGAAGACGAAGAUGAGGAAGAAGAGGAGGCCCCUCAAGAGCAAGUGAAGCAAGCCGUGAGGUCUGGUCCUUACAGCAUGUGCCGUAAGGCACGCCUAGCAGGCUUUGCCAAAAGAUUUGGUCUUACUCCUGAGCAGUUUGCUGAAAAUUUACGCGACAACUAUCAGCGUCAUGAGGUGGAGCAGGAGUCCAUAGAACCACUAGCAUUAGCUAAGGAAUAUCUUUCUGCUCAAUUCUCAAAUGCUGAUGAGGCUCUGAAGGCUGUCAAGUACAUGGUUGCCGCACAAUUAUCCCGAGAACCUUUGGUCAGAAAAUGUGUUAGGGAAGCUCUCUUUGAGCGUUCUAAGAUAGAUGUCUUGCCAACCAAAAAAGGAAUCAAGGAGAUUGAUGAGUACCAUCCUAUCUAUAGUAUGAAAUAUCUGAAAGGAAAGCCUGUGCGUGAUUUGUCUAACGAGCAGUUUUUGAAGCUUGUCAUGGCAGAGGAAGAAAAAAAUAUCACAAUAUCAUUCUCUGACCAAAUAGAGGGUUUAACCAGUAGCUCCUUUAUUGAAGAAGCUAAGCAGCUCUACCUCAGGGAUGAGUUUAGUAAGCAUGUUCAGGAGUGGAAUAAUGUGAGGGUCGAAUGUGUUGAACUUGCUUUGCGCAAAAUGUUGAUACCAGAUUUGAGAAAAGAACUGAAAAGUCUUCUCUUAAAUGAAGCUAAAGACUGUGUGCUGCGUGCUUGCUGUCGCCGUUUGUACAAUUGGAUCAAGAUUGCUCCUUACAGUGUUGAUUUCCCCGAUGAAGAUGAAGAUGAAUGGGACACGUCCAAGGGCCUACGUGUAAUGGGUGUUGCAUAUGAGCCUGAUUUUUCUCAAGCUGCGUUUGCAUGUAUGGUAGCUCCAGAUGGGGAAGUCACUGAUUAUUUACGUUUACCUAGCUUAUUAAAAAGACUCAAUGGUUUUAGAGAAGGUGAUAAACUUCAAAAGGAGGCCGACCUUACAGCUUUACGUAAUUUUAUCUCAACAAAGAAACCUCAUGUUAUUGCUGUUGGUGGUGAAAGUAGGGAUGCUCUUAUGGUGGUGCAAGAUCUAAAAAAUGUUGUAAAGGACUUAAUAGAAGAUGACCAAUUCCCCACAAUAAAUGUAGAAAUAGUGGAUAAUGAUCUUGCCAAAAUUUAUGCCAAUUCAAUUAAAGCACAGAAUGAAUUUAGAGACUACCCUCUCCAACUUCGACAAGCUAUUUCUCUUGCUCGACGUUUACAAGAUCCUCUUACUGAAUAUUCUCAACUCUGCACAACUGAUGAAGAAAUCUUGUGCCUACGAUUUCAUCCUCUACAGGACCAGGUUAAGGAUGACUUAUUAGAGGCACUCUAUUUGGAGUUCGUCAAUAGGACUAAUGAAGUGGGCGUCGAUAUUAAUGUUGCUGUCCAGACCGGGCAAACAGCUAAUCUUGUGCAAUUUGUUUGUGGUCUUGGUCCUCGAAAAGGAGCUGCUCUCAUAAAAUUGUUAAAACAAACCAAUCAACGUCUUGAAAAUAGAACUCAGUUGGUUACAGCAUGUCAUAUGGGACCUAAGGUUUUCAUCAACUGUGCUGGAUUCAUUCGCAUUGACACAAAUUCUCUUGGAGACAGCACUGAAGCCUAUGUUGAAGUUCUUGACGGAUCUAGAGUGCACCCAGAGGCUUAUGAGUGGGCUAGAAAAAUGGCAGUGGAUGCACUUGAGUACGAUGAUGAGGAUGCCAACCCUGCUGGAGCAUUAGAAGAAAUUUUAGAAUCACCAGAAAGGUUAAAGGAUCUUGAUCUUGAUGCCUUUGCUGAAGAAUUAGAAAGACAAGGGUUUGGUAACAAGAGCAUAACUUUAUAUGACAUAAGGAAUGAACUGAAUCAUAGAUACAAGGAUAUGCGUACACCAUUCUCUUCACCUAACCCUGAAGAAGUCUUUGACAUCCUAACUAAAGAAAGCCCUGAGACAUUUUAUAUUGGUAAAAUGAUUCUUGCAACUGUCAUGGGAAUACAACACCGGAAGCCACAACAUGAACAGCUGGAUAAUGCAAAUCCAGUAAGAAAUGAUGAAACGGGCUUAUGGCAGUGUCCUUUCUGUUUGAAAAAUGACUUCCCUGAGCUGUCUGAGGUUUGGAAUCAUUUUGAUGCUGAAACCUGUCCUGGAAAGGCAACUGGUGUCAAGUUGCGUCUUGAUAAUGGCAUUCAGGGUUAUAUUCACAUUAAGAAUCUGUCAGACAAACACGUUAGCAAUCCUGAAGAAAGAGUAAAGCACAAUCAAAUCAUUCACUGCCGAAUUACAAAAAUAGAUGUUACAAGGUUCUCAGUUGAAUGUACAUCUAAAACUUCGGAUUUGAUGGAUACAAAUCAUGAAUGGAGACCUGCUCUAGAUCCAUAUUAUGAUAAAGAAAAAGAAGCCAAGGAUAAAAAGACUGAGGAAGAAGCGAAAAAGAUGAAGCAACAACAUGCCUACAUAAAGCGUGUUAUUGUUCAUCCUUCUUUCCACAACAUUUCUUUCAAGGAAGCUGAGAAACUCAUGGCUAAUCUUGAUCAAGGGGAAUGUAUUGUCCGACCAUCUAGCAAGGGAUCAGAUCAUCUUACUGUCACAUGGAAAGUAGCUGACAAUAUUUACCAACAUAUCGAUGUAAGAGAGGAAAAGAAAGAAAAUUCCUUCUCGCUUGGACAGUCUCUGUGGAUUGGUGGAGACGAAUUCGAAGACCUGGACGAAAUUAUCGCUAGGCAUGUUAGUCCCAUGGCUUCUCAUGCUCGUGAUUUAUUAAGUUUUAAAUAUUACAAGGAAACUAUGGGUGGCAAAAAAGAUAAGGCUGAAGAAAUAUUAAAGGAAGAAAAACGUAGAAACCCUGGCAAAAUUCACUAUGUAAUUUCAGCUUCACAAUCACUUCCAGGAAAGUUCAUGUUGUCUUACAUGCUGAGUCGGUGCAGGCAUGAAUAUGUCACUGUGACACCAGAAGGAUUCCGCUUUAGGCAACAAAUAUUUGAUAAUUUAAAUGCCCUCUUCAAGUGGUUCAAAGAACACUUUAGAGACCCUAUCCCUGGUAGCACUCCCAGCACACCACGUGGAGGAAUGACCAGCCGAACACCUUAUCCUGCCACCCCUAGCCUCAGCAUGGCGAAUAUUGAUCCUGCUAUUCAGAGAGUCGCUCAAAAUCUACCCACACACAUGCUGCACAGCUUGUCCCAGGUGGCGACACAAACGCCACACUACUCACAGACUCCUGGUGUUUAUGGUGCCAGUGUGCAUGCUUACCCCAACACUCCUUACACUCCUUCUGGGCAGACGCCCUUCAUGACGCCUUACGCCACGCCGCACCACUCGACCCAGACUCCGCGGUAUGGGCAACCCACUCCGUCCCAAGCGACGCAGGGCUUCCUUCACCCCGGGUCGGUGACGCCCUCGCACCGCACUCCAUCGCACAGGCCGGCCCCGACUCCCACCCCUGGCUCCCACUCGGGACACCCAGGGUCGCUAUCAGCGCACCCUGGUUCCCUUGCUGCCCACCCCGGCUCACACUCGGCCCACCCUGGCUCACACUCCAGACACCCGCCUUCUUCGCACUCGGCCCACGGCAGUAUGAGUGCUGGAGGUCGAGGAAUGCAGCAGCAGGGUGGAGACCCUUCAGACUGGAAGAAGAAGGCUGAGCAAUGGAUGCGGCAGCAGCAACCAGGAUCUGUGACACCUAGGCAAGGUCAGGGCACUCCUCGCUUUGAUGAUGGCAGAAGAUCGACCACACCACGAUACGAUGGCACUCCAAGGGGCUCAGUGUCAGGGAGUCCAUACGUUCCUGGUGGAGGAAGCAAGUCAGGCACUCCGCAUUACGAUAUGGACAUGAAUGGAACUCCCCGUAGUGAAUCGAGUCGUUCUGGCUACAAAACCUCGAGGCCUCCGGGUAGCAGUGGCCACUUCAGCAGAAGUGGAACUCCCCGUUCCAGCCCAGCAGUGGGCUAUGGUCACCCUCGCGCGUCACCUCACGGCUCAGUAUCUGCCAGAUCCACUCCCCGAACCAUAGCAUCUCCAGAGUCUAUGGUUGAAAGUACAGGAGACGCGACACCGCUCUAUGACGAGCACUGAAUGUAUAUCUUCCUUCUUGUAAAUAAAUUCUUUUACUUAUUCUGUUCAGAGAUAGAAAUUAAAAGUAUUCUAGCAAAAAUCAAUGUACUAGGCUAAUAUUUACUCUAGAUGUCAUCCUUUGAAGCAGAAUCAAUUUAAAUUAAUUUUUGUACUGUUGACAGCUGAUUGAUUAGUAUAAUAUUUUAUUGGUAAUAAUUAUUAGAUAUGAAACAAAGUUGAACUACUGUAGAUGCUUGCAACACAAGCAUAGCUUUAUUAUUAUUUUUAAUUUGAGGGGCAUUCAAGUGUUUGAAAUCAAACAUUCUUACAGAAUCCCUUAUUUCAGUUUGGCAUUUUGUGUGAAAGUGACAGUGGUGUAUUUUUUAUCAUCAUAAAAGAAAGGAUAACAAUAUGCAUUUAAACACAGUUUAGAAUGAGUACCGUGUCUUUACUAAAUCAAAGAUUUGGUUUUCAGACAGUUAAACAGCGAAAAAUAACCCUGAUGGUUAUUUUGUAAGAUGUGAUACAAUAAUUGUGCAAGUGUGUUGUUCAUAUUGCAUGUCUGUAAUGUUUAGUUUUGCCUUGCUCAAAAAGUGCAGCUGUCAGUUUUAACCCUAAAGGUCCCCUCAUUGUUUUUCUUUGAGGUGCAGCUGUUGUGAAAUGACUCUUACAGUAAAUCCUUGGGACAGUGAUAUAAUUAUUUAAACUCCAUGCAAUGAAAUAAAAUAUUUACACUUUCUCUUGGUA